AUGGCUAUGUUGGAGAGAAGAAGAGAGUCGAUCUCUGGGCUGGACGAGGACACCUUUGAUGAUUUUGUGCAAAAAGACCAUGACGCCUGGAGUGAGAAAACCGUGAUGAGCACUGUUUUUCUGAUCAUCCGAGGCUCGGCAGACAUACCAUUCAGAGAAGAGAACCUCUUUGGAAAUCUGGACCCGCUCGCAGAAGGCAUUGUUUCUGCAAAGCCAGACUUUUACGACGGCACUCUGGCAGCGGAAUAUGAUAAGGUUGUUCAUCAACUCCUUGGCUCCUCUAUUAUCCCUUCAACGCAAGACCACCUCCCUAUCGCGCCCAAAGUUCUUCUGUGA